UGUCCGCCUCUGUCGUCACCUUCCCCCGCGUGAUUUCACAGCUCAGCCUCACCUGUUGACGCCGACGCUCUGCUCACACCGACUUGUCAGCUCUCAGGAGAGAGGUUCAAACCACGGACGAAACCGAGGCAAGAAAGCAGCUAAAACUGCUUCGCAAACAAACUGCAGAGACCGAGGAGUCUUCUCCAGCCUGCGUUUGAAGUGAAGCGAGUCUAAAAGUCGCUUCACUGCACGGUCCUCCUCUCUGGCGCUCUGUUAUGGGCGGAAGAAUCCUCAUCUCCAGCGCGUUAAAUGGGAGCGCGUUUUCCAGGCUUUAGAGAUGCCCCAACAUAACAUGGAAAACUCCAGGAGCCAGUGGCAGCGGAGUCUGCAGCAGCCAUGGAUCAGCAGAGUGGCUGCAUCUCAGAGUCCCGCCUCCUCAGGGGCUGAGUCUGACACGGAGAGCAGCAGCACAGAGAGUGAAAAGUCCUGCCUUAAGAAGCCAGAGGUGGCCUCAUCCAGGGUCUUUUCAUCUCAUUCAAUGCUUCAAAACCGCAUUACAGAAAUCAACCAGCAAAAGGAAGAACUGAAGAUUGAGCUGCAGCUGGAGAUCGCCUUGCUGCAAGGAGAGCUGCAGACGGAGACGAAGCAGCUGCACAGACACUCACAGAAGCUGCUGGCACUGCAACAACAAGCCAGAGAAAGAGAGAAGGACAAACACACUGACAGACUUAAGGAGCGAGAGAGGUUGGAGAAGGAGAGACACAGGCUGGAGGAACUGAAGAAGAGUUGUGAGGAAAGAGAGAAACUGAUCCCGAGUCAACCAGAAAGCCAAAGACAGCACCUAACUCUGCAGCUGCAGCAGGAGAAGGAGGGGAUGGAGUCAGCCAUCCGGGCUUUCGAGGAUUGGGAGUUUCGUGUUUUAGAACAAGAAAGUGGCAUUGGCGAAGAGGCUGAAGACGGAGAGGAGAAACCAAAGGAGGAAGGAAUGGAGGAGGAAAUGGAGAAGGAAAUCUCCCGCCAGCAGCAUCUAGUCAACACAGCGCAGGAACGAGUCCAGCAGUUGGAGAAACAGCUGAAAGAGAUGGAGAAAGAGAAGGAAAGAGACCUGAAUGCAUUGAGGAAAGAGAAGAGAGAACUAAUAAAUGCAACUCAAAUGGUUUCCAAAGAGAAGAAGCCACUCACUGAUUGGUCAAACUUCACCACCUCAGCACCGUGCAUGAUGUCACUCUCUCCUUUGACACCUCACAAGUCUCCACAGGAACUGUCCAAGGAAGCCGCCAGUUUACCAAGAAGGCGAAGCUCACAUCGGAACAACAGGCUUUCUGACAGGCCGAUUUCAGUGCAGGGUUUGGUGAGGACUCUUCCAGACAGCCAGACCACAGAGACUUUCACUUCCCCCAUAAGCUCGCACAGACUAAGCAACGGGCACAGACCGGGGAGCAGCAAUGGCGGUGGGUUGCUCACGCCGUGCAACAGUGAAGCAAACUCUCGUGCUGCAAGUCCAUCGCUUUUGGAUCUUGUGGAGAUUGAGAGGAAGCUGAGGGAAGCCAAGGCAGAAAGAGAAAGGCUUCUCAGAGAACGAGCAGAGAGGCAGCGGUUGUUGUUGGAAGAAAGAAGUCAAAGAGAGGUAAACUCCUCCAGAGAAGAACCACUAGAAUCAGAAACACAACAAAGACCAGGGCCAGAAGCAAAUGAAUCCAUACAAGUCCUUUCAUCACCAGUUUCAGAGAAGCACAGCCUGCCCCUUUUCCUUACUCCAAACUUUGACCUUCGGGCCCAUGUUGAGUCACUGGGUCACGGGGUUGCCAGCUGCACGGACCUGCGGCUAACACCUCGACGGUGUGCUGGCUUUCUCACAAAACGAGGGGGGAGGGUCAAGACAUGGAAGAAGAGAUGGUUCCUGUUUGACACAGACCACAAACGACUGGCCUACUAUACAGACUGCGAUGAGAGAAAGCUAAAGGGAGUCAUGUACUUUCAGGCUAUAGAAGAAGUUUACUACGACCAUCUACGAACAGCUACCUCUUCACCACGGCCCAGCCUUACGUUCUGUGUGAAGACAUACGAUCGCCUGUUCUUUCUGGUGGCUUCCAAUGCCGUGUCUAUGCGUAUCUGGAUGGAUGUCAUUGUCACCGCAACAGACGAGCACAGCCGCUAUUGACUUAAUACAUGAAAAUGAAGUGAAGCUACUGAAUGGACUCCACUUUGGUUCUUUUUCCCUUUCCUGUCUGGGCAGUAUGUUUGUUGAAAAUGUGCCUUGGGGUGUGGAUUCAGAAGACCAAAUAUCCACAUGGAGGUGCCAUGGGUCAGUCGUGGAGGACAAUGUUACUGAUAGGAGUUUAUCAGUUGCAGCUCAGAACACAGAUCUUUAAAGGACUCACUCAUGGUGACUCAGCUGUCUGUUACAGGGAGGAUUUUCACGGAUCUUUAUCUCCCCCUGCUGGUAACAGUCCAGCAUCACAGGAGUAAUGUACACUACACAGUGAUACCAGAAACAUGCACAAUAAAACCACCAGCUCUUACAGGCUGACAUUUGUUCUAAUAUGCCACUACACUGGAGGUGAUCUCUUAGUAAUAUGCACCCCUUGCCUUUGUUUUCAGAUAAAGGAAUGUUAUGGAAGUUAUAAAGAUUAUUUAUUAUAUUGAGGUUUAUAUGGCUUUGGUUUACAGAUAAAUUUAACUACUCUGGUAUCAGGGCAACAUUAAAUGUUUUUAUAAAAAUG